AUGGCUACUGUCGAUGAUGGCUCUUCUGAAGAUCGAAUUAUAAACGAUGAAUACAAGAUUUGGAAGAAAAAUACACCGUUUUUGUACGACAUGGUGAUGACGCACGCACUUGAAUGGCCGUCUCUUACCGUUCAAUGGCUUCCAGACGUACAAAAGUCUGAUUCAUUGGAUUACACUUAUCAUCGUCUUAUACUUGGAACUCACACAUCCGAUGAACAAAAUCAUUUACUUAUUUCUCGUCUCGCCGUUCCAAAUGACGAAGCACAAUUUGAUGCAUCAAGAUAUGAUACCGAAAAGGGAGAAUUUGGAGGUUUCGGAGCAAUAACAGGAAAAAUAGAACCUGAAAUAAAAAUCAACCACGAAGGUGAAGUAAAUCGCGCAAGAUACAUGCCACAAAAUCCUGUCAUUAUUGCUACUAAGUCUCCAAGCGCCGAGGUUUACAUUUUCGACUACACGAAGCAUCCGUCCGUCCCACAAGACAAUAAAUGUAAACCUCAAAUUCGUCUUCGCGGACAUUCGAAAGAAGGUUAUGGAUUAUCGUGGAAUCCAAACAAGGAGGGAUAUAUUCUAUCGGCAUCAGAUGACUGUACAGUUUGUCAUUGGGAUAUUCAAGGGAAUCAAACGAACGCCGGUUAUUUGGACGCAAAAGCCAUUUUCAAAGGACAUACCGCGGUUGUAGAAGACGUCGCAUGGCAUGUUCUUCAUGACGGAAUAUUUGGAUCCGUUGGAGAUGAUCAUAAAUUGCUUGUUUGGGAUAUCCGCACACAACAACCAGCUCAUUCCGUGGAUGCUCAUCAAGCGGAAGUUAAUUGUUUGGCCUUUAAUCCGUACUCGGAAUUCAUUCUUGCGACUGGAAGUGCCGAUAAAACUGUCGCUCUUUGGGACUUGCGUAAUCUUAGACUCAAGCUUCAUUCUUUCGAAUCACAUAAAGACGAAAUUUUCCAAGUUCAAUGGAGCCCACAUAACGAGACGAUAUUGGCGAGCAGUGGAACUGACAGACGGCUCCAUGUUUGGGACUUAUCAAAAAUUGGAGAGGAGCAGUCUCCAGAGGAUGCCGAAGAUGGCCCACCAGAGUUGCUUUUUAUUCACGGUGGACAUACUGCUAAAAUUAGCGAUUUUUCAUGGAAUCCUAAUGAUGCCUGGGUUAUCUGUAGUGUUUCUGAGGAUAAUAUCCUUCAGGUGUGGCAAAUGGCCGACAAUAUUUACAACGAAGGAGAAGAAGACACUCCACCGGAGCAAUUGGAACGCGCGUAA